UGCUGCUGAACUUACUUCAGCCUGGGAAGUCCUUUACCUCCCAGUAGGCCUGGCGAGCUCCAUCACAACAUUCAAGAUUCACCCUGGAGCCACCUGGGAAACUUUCUUUUCCAGCUCGCCCUGCGUCCUCGCCUCCCCACCCCAUGCUUCUCGAGUCGGGUGAGCUGUGUAGUUCCAUCAGAGCCGGCACGGCCGUAGGGGUGGCCAGUUAUUUACUGUUCUACUGGGCCCGACAGUCAUCUGGGGAGCCGAGCAGUUGCCGACGCCCAGCACAACCCACUGCACGCAGCCGGACCCUCACUUCCAGGCCGGAAGUGAAAGAGCAGGGAGUGGGUCCCGGGGUCGCAGGCGCAGAGCCGCCUCUGGUCACGUGAUUCGCCGAUAGUCACGCGGGCGCCGCUCACCUGACCAGGGUCUCACGUGGCCAGGCCUCUCCGAGAGGGGAGACCGGCGGACCAUGGCAAGCUCCAGGCUUUGGUUUUCGCUGCUGCUGGCGGCAGCGUUCGCAGGACGGGCGACCGCCCUCUGGCCCUGGCCUCAGAACAUCCAAACCUCCGAUCAGCGCUACGUCCUUUACCCGAACAACUUUCAAUUCCAGUACGAUGUCAGCUCCGCCGCGCAGCCUGGCUGCUCAGUCCUCGACGAGGCCUUCCAGCGCUAUCGUGACCUGCUUUUCGGUUCCGGGUCUUGGCCCCGUCCUUACCGCACAGGUUGGCCACACCAAGCUUACCCUGUCUUCCCAGGAAAACAGCAUACACCAGAGAAGAAUGUGUUGGUUGUCUCUGUAGUCACAUCUGGAUGUAACCAGCUUCCUACUUUGCAGUCGGUGGAGAAUUAUACCCUGACCAUAAAUGAUGACCAGUGUUUACUCCUCUCUGAGACUGUCUGGGGAGCUCUCCGAGGUCUGGAGACUUUUAGCCAGCUUGUUUGGAAAUCUGCUGAGGGCACAUUCUUUAUCAACAAGACUGAGAUCGAGGACUUUCCCCGCUUUCCUCACCGGGGCUUGCUGUUGGAUACAUCUCGCCAUUACCUACCACUCUCUAGCAUCCUGGACACUCUGGAUGUCAUGGCGUACAAUAAAUUGAACGUGUUCCACUGGCAUCUGGUAGAUGAUCCUUCCUUCCCAUAUGAGAGCUUCACUUUUCCAGAGCUCAUGAGAAAGGGGUCCUACAACCCUGUCACCCACAUCUACACAGCACAGGAUGUGAAGGAGGUCAUUGAAUACGCACGGCUCCGGGGUAUCCGCGUGCUUGCAGAGUUUGACACUCCUGGCCACACUUUGUCUUGGGGACCAGGUAUCCCUGGAUUACUGACUCCUUGCUACUCUGGGUCUGAGCCCUCUGGCACCUUUGGACCAGUGAAUCCCAGUCUCAACAAUACCUAUGAGUUCAUGAGCGCAUUCUUCUUGGAGAUCAGCUCUGUCUUCCCAGAUUUUUAUCUUCAUCUUGGAGGAGAUGAGGUUGAUUUCACCUGCUGGAAGUCCAACCCAGAUAUCCAAGACUUUAUGAGGAAGAAAGGCUUCGGUGAGGACUUCAAGCAGCUGGAGUCCUUCUACAUCCAGACGCUGCUGGACAUCGUCUCUUCUUAUGGCAAGGGCUAUGUGGUGUGGCAGGAGGUGUUUGAUAAUAAAGUAAAGAUUCGGCCAGACACAAUCAUACAGGUGUGGCGAGAAGAGGUUCCAGUGAACUAUAUGAAGGAGCUGGAACUGGUCACCAAGGCCGGCUUCCGGGCCCUUCUCUCUGCCCCCUGGUACCUGAACCGUAUAUCCUAUGGCCCUGACUGGAAGGAUUUCUACAUAGUGGAACCCCUGGCAUUUGAAGGUACCCCUGAGCAGAAGGCGCUCGUGAUUGGUGGAGAGGCUUGUAUGUGGGGAGAAUAUGUGGACAACACAAACCUGGUCCCCAGGCUCUGGCCCAGAGCAGGGGCUGUUGCCGAAAGGCUGUGGAGCAACAAGUUGACAUCUGACCUGACAUUUGCCUAUGAACGUUUGUCACACUUCCGCUGUGAGUUGCUGAGCAAAUUAGAAAGAGAUGUUUUGGAAGCCACUCAAAGAAGGGAGUGUGUGUGGGAAAGGAGGAAGAGCAGCUGGCCGGCAGACACAGGCUUCAAACUACGGGUUGAAUAGACACACGUACCUGGGGAGAACAAACCUGGAAUGGCCAACACCUGAAGAGAUGACAACAUGUUCAGUGCCAGUGCUGGGGCCAUGUUAUGCAAAUGAACCAAAGAUGACCUCUGUAUAUUGGCCCUAUGUUGUUUACUUCUUCAGAGCAGACUGAGACCCAUUAGCUCAAAAGCCCAUUGGCACCAAACUCAAAUUUUUACAUAUCCAACUAGUUUAAAUUUAGCCCAAAUAGAAUGGCCUUCAGCAUUGUUGUGAUUUAGGCUGAGAUAGCUAGACCUUUAUAAUCCUGUAUUAAUCAGUCAUUGAAUUUGGACUGCCCUGGGAAGGGGCAUGACCUUGAGGCAAACUCUGAAGGGGACAGCACUCCCCUAAACUAUAACAACACAUUGUUCACUGAAGGGUUGGGGGAAGGGAGGUCCUAACCAUCACAUCACAAUGGCAGCACAUCACACCACAUGGGAGAAAGAAAAUAACUGAGG